AUGGACAAACAAAGAGUAGAAUUUCACACUUUCGACAGUGUGACCCUCCGAGGCGAUUUCUUUCCCGCCAGAGGUUCGAAGCGACCUAUUGUCGUAAUGACACAAGGGGUUUGUGACCGCACUACCCCUCUCUCUUCCUCACACCUAAUAAUCACACAGCUUACACUCCUGAAAGAGCACUAUAUCUGCGACUGGGCAGCCCGCUUCCAAGCCGCCAACUUUGCCGCACUCACCUACGAUCACCGCGGUUGGGGCUCCAGCGACGGCACCCCUCGCAACGAAGUCGAUCCCUACCAGCAAGCCGAGGACUACCAUGAUGCGGUCCUCUUCGCCCAGACACUUCCCAACGUCGACAAGAAUAAAGUGAUCAUCUGGGGCAUCGGCCACUCUGGCGGCGCAUCCAUGAUAGCUGCAGGCGAUGACCCCAAUAUCCAUGCUGUGAUUCUAUGCAUGCCUUUCAACUCUGGCAAACUCGACAGCACGCUCUACCCGCCUGGCCUAAUCGAGAAGACAUGGUUAGAACGUGCUGCCCAAUCCGCAGGCACAAAAACGGAGGAGACGACAUAUAUCCAGCCCUGGGACCGCAGCUCCGAAGAGUGCGAAGGUCCACGCAACGAGAUCCUGAUCCACGGCCCCCAAGCCUUCAGCUUCAUCAAAGAAGCAGAGCGUAGGUCAAGAGCGGAGGGGACCCCUUGGGAGAAUAAAUUGACGCUAGAGAGUCUGUACAAGAUCAGUAGGGUGGAGCCGAGGGAUCAUAUCGGUAAGAUUGCGCCGAGGAAGUUGCUGUAUUUGGCUGCGAGGGAGGAUCCGUUGAGUGGGCCGAUUGGGAAGCAGAGGGAGUGUUUUGAGCGCGCAGGGGAGCCGAAACGGUUUGUGACGUUGGAGACCGAUCAUGUUAGUUGUUAUUUUGGAGAGUGGUUUGAGAAGAAUAUUGGGGUUCAGAUUGAGUUUUUGGGCAGUUUGUAG